AUGGAGUCAUCCUCGUCUCCGGUCUCCCUGCGCGGCCUGGUCGUGAUGGCGGACGAGGACUCGGAGCGGGAGAGCGUGCAGGAGUCGCGGGAACUGGGCGAGGAGCUCCGGCGCAACCUCAGCCAGCUCUCCCUCGUCAGCCUCGCCGCCGCCAUCCAGCAGACCAGCCACGACAAUGCCAUGCUGAAGCUCGAGACGGACAUGUUUGAGAAAUUCUUCAGUCGGAUGGAGCCGCGGGAAAAGGUCCCAGAGAAGCGCAGCUCUUCGGUGGACAUGGGACCAGCACUGUAUGGAAGGGGCAGGCGCAAAUCCCGCUCGCGCAUCGCCUCGGAGCGCCUCAUCUGCCUGACGGUGGAGCAGAAGUGCGACCUGGCCCAGCGGGAGUUGGAGGAGACCAAGGAGGACAUCCAGCGCAUGAAGGAGACCUCCGAGAAGGCCAUGCAGAACUACCUGGCGGUCCUAGAGGAAGCGGACAUCCGCCGGAAGGACGUGAAGAAGGCCACGCUGGACUUUGACCGAGAGGUCAUCAGGACCAUCACCAAGAAGAAAGGGAGCAUCAUCGCCUCCAGCAAGGUCCUGCGGUACAUGGAAGACAGGAUACACUCCCGGGACGUCUUGAAAGAGAAGAUCCGCUUGAAAAACGAUGCCCUCAAAGUCCAGAAGAAGAAGAUGCAGCUGCAGCUGAAACAGAAAGAGGAGCUGGGGGAGGCCCUUCACGAGGUGGAUUUCCAGCAGCUGAAGAUCGAGAACGCCCAGUUCCUGGAGAAGAUCGACGAGCGGAACCAGGAACUGCUGCAGCUGAAGAUGAUGGUGGCCAACACCUUGCAGGUCCUGAACUUCCACAGGAAGAAACUGCAGACGGCCACCGCCAUGGCCGCCCACCUGGUGAAGGACAUUGCCCAGAGGAAGGAGAUCCUGGACAGAAUUGACCACGAAGCUGCCCUCGCUGAGAAAGAGCGAGAAGUGGCCGAGGCCCUGAACCAGAAGCUCCGCCGGCGAAUGGCCGAGUACAAAGUGCCGCCGGUGCUCGACUACGUCCGCCAGAAGAUAGCGCUCCAGGAGCUCGGCGGCACCUUCCGCAUCUGGGAGAGGAAGGUGGAGAUCGCAGAGAUGACCUUGCAGAGCUACCGCAGCACUUGGCACAAGGCGAAGAUGACCAGCCAGGAGCUGCACGCCCUCCUUCCAGAGAAGCAGGCCAGCAGCCAGAUGCAGGUCCAAGGGGGGCUCUGAGGAAGAGCCUGGCCUCCAAAGAGACCGAGGACUCGGCCUUCCUUUCCAAGAAGGCGUCGUUUGCACCCUGGGAACGUGUGGAGUGUGUUCAGAGUUUGGAUCACCUUAAUCCCCCCCCCCAAAUAUAUAUAUAUAUAUUCCCUUUUCAUUUAAAUUGAUUUUACCUCAUCUCCUAUGGCUGCACCUCGACAAUUUCUCUCUCUAGAUUUUCAUUCUCAAUAUUCUUAAUUCACCAAUCCACCCCCUGUAUUGAAUAAUUCAUUACAAUCAGACAAAACACCCCUAUGUUGCAUUUUUUUAAAAAAAUCUGCCAAAAA